ACGCUAUAAAAUCUUGCUUUAGAAACCCUACUCAUCUUCUCUUAUUCGUUUUCUCUCUCCUCCAUUUUUUUGCACUUGCCGCCUCCGCAACUUCACCCACUACAAUUUUAAGCUCGCCGACGGUGAGCAACCAUGGUCCACGUCUGUUACUAUCGCAACUAUGGGAAGACGUUUAAGAAGCCGCGUCGUCCUUAUGAGAAGGAGCGAUUAGAUGCUGAAUUGAAGCUAGUAGGCGAGUAUGGUCUUCGUAACAAGAGGGAACUAUGGAGAGUUCAGUAUGUAUUGAGUCGUAUUCGUAAUGCUGCAAGGCAUCUUCUUACUUUGGAUGAGAAGAACCCUCGUCGUAUCUUUGAAGGGGAAGCUCUUUUGAGAAGAAUGAACAAGCACGGGCUUUUGGAUGAAGGCCAGAACAAGCUCGAUUACGUGUUGGCAUUGACUGUUGAGAACUUUUUGGAGAGGCGUCUUCAGACACUCGUCUUCAAGUCUGGUAUGGCCAAGUCUAUUCACCAUGCUAGAGUGCUCAUCAGGCAGAGGCAUAUUAGGGUUGGGAGACAGGUUGUGAAUGUUCCUUCUUUCAUGGUGAGGGUGGACUCCCAAAAGCACAUUGACUUCUCUCUCACCAGUCCCUUCGGAGGAGGCCGCCCUGGUAGAGUGAAGCGAAAGAACCAGAAGGCAGCAGCAAAGAAGGCAGCUGGUGGAGAUGGUGACGAUGAAGAUGAAGAGUGAGCUAUAUUACCAGGCCCUUGUAGGCGUAGGCUUGAUGAGAUAUUUGUUAGUACCUCUACCGAAUCUUGAAAUAUGGCCCUAUUCUCUUGAGAGAUCAACCAAUUUUCUUGUUUCAGUUGACUGGUUUUUGGUUCCUCUUAUAUCUUAGGAAGUUUUGAGUGCUUGCUUUUGUUAUGUGUUCAAUCUUUAGAAUAUGACAAUAUGUUCACCGUAUGUUACUGUAUUGUGUUCUUACGGAUUCAAUAGAGAUUAUUUACCUUUGUUUACAA